UAAAUAGUGGGGAGAGCCGGGAGACGCGGCCACACAGCCCAAGGUAACAUGGAGGCGUCGGACGACGGUCUGAGAAAGCGCAGAGCCGCCGGGGCCGAUGGAGCGGCCGUGCGGGAGGGAGCCGAGGCGAUCGACUCGGCACGACGGAACGACGGCGGGAGACGUGGAGCCGGCUCGUCGGAGCUGCUGCUGUGGCUGCUGUUCGCCUACACGGCGCUGCUGUUGAUCGCCGUGCAUCGCUCCUUGCUGCAUCUCCCCGUGCCCCUCGACGAGGCGAACGCGCAGCCCGGGCAGUUCGUGGCCGAGAGGGCUAGGAAGCACCUGGAAUACAUGACUGGUUUGGGGCCGCGUCCCACGGGCAGCGAGGCUGCCGAGGUCAAAACCGUAGCGUAUAUCCUGGCGCAAGUGGAGGCCAUAUCGCAGUCGCUCGAGGCCUCGGCAUCCUCGUCACCGGCUGGCCGACGACCAGCUCACCGAAUCCGCGUGGACUUGCAGCGCCCCUCCGGCUCGUUCAACCUUGACUUUCUGGGAGGGUUCACGAGCGUCUAUGCCAAUGUCAGUAACGUCGUGGUGAGGCUGUCCCCGCGCCACCUGGGCGAUGGUGAUGGAGGCCAUGGAGGAGGUGCCCGGCGCCAUGCCCUCCUCGCCAACUGCCACUUCGACUCGGUACCCUUUGGCCCAGGGGCGAGUGAUGAUGCGGUGAGCUGCGCGGUGAUGCUGGAGGUGCUGCAGGUGCUGGCACAGCUGGAGACUCCACUCCUGCAUGACAUCAUCUUCCUUUUCAAUGGUGCCGAGGAGAACGUUCUUCAGGCAAGUCACGGAUUCAUCACCAAGCACCCAUGGGCAUCGCUUGUCCGUGCUUUUAUAAACCUGGAAGCAGCAGGAGUGGGUGGCAAAGAGCUCGUCUUUCAGACCGGUCCAGAGAACCCGUGGCUGGUGCAGGCGUACGUGCGUUCGGCACAACAUCCCUUCGCCUCCAUCAUUGGGCAGGAGGUCUUCCAGAGCGGCAUUAUCCCAUCUGACACAGACUUUCGAAUCCUGCGCGAUUUUGGAAACAUUCCAGGAAUUGACCUCGCGUUCAUUAAAGAUGGCUACAUUUAUCACACGGAGUAUGACUCGGCUGACCGGAUACCGUCUGGAAGCAUCCAGAGAGCAGGUGACAACAUCUUGGGUCUGGUACGCUACCUGGCAUCCUCAUCUCUGCUGGCCGACUCCAGCGAGUACCGCCAUGGGAAGAUGGUAUUCUUCGACGUGAUCGGCCUGCAGGCCGUGGCGUACCCGGCUCGAGUGGGCAUCCUCAUAAAUUAUCUUCUGGCAUCGUUGGCUGUCCUCUACCUGGCCAGUGCAGGCCUGGCGUACCUGCGGGAGGUCUUGCGGGCAGUGGGCGUGCUGCUGGUGGCCUGGCUGGGCGCCGUGAUCACCGUUGCUGGAGCCGCGCUGCUCAUCACUCUGAUCGGCCGCUCAAUGUCGUGGUACACGGAGAGAACGGUUCUCGUCGGCCUCUACGCCGCGCCCGCCCUCGCCAUCAUUCUGCUCGUGCUUGUCCUGGCCAAGCGGCGGUAUUGCGGCUUGGCGGGACAGACGGGACAGCGGGCAGCUGAAUGUAGCUUUGACGCGGCACUGAUGCUCUGGACCGCGCUGCUAUUGUGGCUCAACACGAAGGGCAUCUGCUCCGCCUUCCUGCCCGCGCUGUGGGUUGGGUUCUCCCUGGCCGCUCGCCCUGUGCUCUUUGGUCUUCAGAAGAAAUCGCUGCACAGAGCAGAAGCGGCUGCGAGUGUUGGCGUGAGCCCGGGUCGCUUCUCUGUAUUCCUGGCGAUACUGCUACCCCCGUACCUCAUCACGCUGUACUCGCUGUGGAACCUCUACGAAAUGUUCCUGCCCAUCAUGGGCCGCAGUGGCACACAAGUCGUUCCCGACGUCGUCAUGGCCAUCGUUACCAUCGCCGCUGUCAUCGUGCUUUCUUCUUACCCCGUCUGCCUCGUCUACCUGAUGCCAACCGCCAAGAAGACGCUACUUUCCCUGGCAGCGGUCUUUCUCUUGACCUUUGGCCUUGUUUGCGCCGGUUUUUUCUUCCCGUACGGAAACGACUCCAUCCGUCCGACUCCCAAGCGGCUUUACAUGCAACACAUCUCGCGGCGGCUGCACGACGCGUCGGGUGCCGUGGUGCACAGGGACUCCGGAGUGUGGGUGAACGGUUUUGACUACAGCGGCGUGUCGCACCUCACGGACAGCAUCCCCGCUCUCAACGAUUCGAUGCGCGCGCCCUGCCUCCCCGCGCCUUUCUGCGGCUACCCCUGGUUCCUGCCCGUCAACUCGCUCGUUCGGAAGAGCUGGUAUUUGCCGGCACCAGAUGUCUCCCCGUCUCCCGCAUUGUCGAUGCUUUUGGUUGAUAAAGAGCAGCUUCUUUCGAACACAUGGAGGCUGACCUUUGAGGUGUCUGGACCGCACCACAUAUCCUUGUACGUGCGUGAGCCGGAGGGCACAACCCUGGUGGGCUGGUCGCUGGGGGAGGGGGCACCUCCGCCGCCGCAGGACAACUACUCACAGGCGCGAUUUGUAUUCUACUCGUACGGCACGUACACGGCGCCGUGGCGGCUCUGGCUGGACAUGCAGGUCACAGACCCCGAGAAGCCAAUGGUGGAGGUUGCUGUAGCAACACAUUACUUGUUUGGUCCCAGCCGAAGGACCCCUCAGCUGUCCAGUCUGCUCAAGCAGUUGCCUGAUUGGACUUUUUCUUCAGACUGGGUCAGCACCUAUGACUUGUGGGCAUUUUGAAAAGAAAAAUUGAUUCAUUGUGGUGGAAAAAAAACAUGACUUAAAAAAAAAUAAAGGAAUUAGCACAGUUUGUAUGGCAUUCAGAGCGAUGGCUGCACUGGAUGAAAUAACUUUCUGCAAAAAAAUAGCAUUUAAUUUUAGAGUGCAGUGUUCCACACUCAUUCCCCAUUAUUAAUUUAUUGUUCACAUUUGGUAGCCGAAACCGUUUUGAGCUGGAAGAUGGUCUCCUUUCCCUGGUUCAAAAGUAAAAAAAAAGGUUUGUAUUAAGGAUACUGCUGCGUAGUACUUUGCGGUUCUGCUUUAUAGCUCUCCAAUGUAUGUUCUUUGGGUCUUUCGGUAAAGUCACGUAGAUAGGUUCAAAGAAAAUAAAAAACUACGACGUUUUGAUCGCAACACAAGUGGUCGUCUUCUUUUCCUGAAGGACGACCGCUUGUGUUGCGAGAGAAACGUAGUAUUUUUUAAUUUUCUUUGAACCUAUCUACGUGAAUUUACCGAAAGACCCAAAGAAUAUUAAUUCCUGCAGUCACGAAAGCUGUAAGUCUCCGAUGUAUAUUUGAGUUGUAACAUCUCCUGAAGAAGCUCCUGUCACGUGGUGCAAGAUGUCAGAAGUCCUGCUGAACAACACAUGGUACAAACCAAAAAUACAUCAGAGUUGUGUUAAUGAUCUUACGUGGUGGACGUUGCCAUGACAAGCAAGAGUUAAAAUGCAAAUGACACUCCUUUUGUCAGACCCACCUCCCUGCCUUUUUGGAAUAUGUGAGUCUAAAUGGGGCACAUCCCUUGACCACCACGUGUUUCGCAUUUAAAUUCUGACUUCCAAAGUGGUACAUGGGAGUUGGUGUGGUGGGGUGGGAUCUUAUUUGAAAACUUCUAUACUUGGUAGUCCCAUGUGACGCCUCGAAGAGUCGGUGGUGCACUGACAGAGAUUAACACUUUCAGUAUUGUAUAUUGUGUGGGUUGAGCCAUCUCAGCCCAGGAAACCAAACCAGUGUGUCGCAUGUCUUUGACUCCCCUUGCCCGAGAUUAGGCGUCUUGCCUAAACUGGUCCUAAACUGAAUUUGCAUUUAUUGAAGUGCCAUUCUGUUUUUACAUUUGUAAUUUAAGCAAUUUGCUUUAAACAAAAAAUAUCAACUGGUAACUUAUGGCGUCUUGGAAUGCACCUUUGAUUAUAUCGUAAUUUAUUAACCUGGAGAUCUUGUCUCAUGAUCUAACCAAUCAAUAUUUUUAUCCACACAGUCCUUAUCGGAAGUGGCCUUAGUAACGUUGAAUCCGUUAAAUGCAAUCGAUACCUCCCGUUUUAUGAUGUGUUCCUGGAAUUGUGGAUGGGCUUCCAUGCUGGUGCUUCAUUUUAAGAUGGCUAAACCACGGAUAAAACUCUUAGGUCUCCUUGUGUGUUCGCCCCACUCCACUAGCCACAAUUGAUUAGAACAUUCCAAGACAUCAAAUUGUUUAACACCCUCGUACAAAACAAAUAAUAAAAGUAACGGUAUUUUUGUAAAUUGGUCAAUUUAAUUUGUGUGUUUGAGCUUAAACAUGCAGGCAGUAGUAGGUAGAUUGAAAGUACGGAGGUAAAGUUUGGCAAGAAUUGGGUUUAAAAUAAUGAACCUAAGCAGAGCUACUUGCAAGGAGUAAUGUAACUUCAAGUUUUGGCCCUUUUCCCAGAAAUUGGGUUUGAUACGAUACAUUUCCUACUUCAUGCCAGUGAUCAAAUGAAUACAAACUUAUAACAAUAAAGGUUGCACACAUGUAUUGACUUAAUGGUUACAUGUAACAUACUUUGAGGAUCCCUGGAAUAUCAAGUCAUCCCCUGUUGUAUUCUUUACAGGUUAAUGGACCGUAAAGAUACAUGUGUAAACAGUACAUAACCUCUGCAUGUACUGAGCGCUUGUUAACGAAAUAUAAACUCGUGGUUAAUAUCGUGAAUUUGGUGCUUUUUAGUUAGGUCUUGUGUUCAAGUUUGGACUAAAGCAGCAGGUAUAACCAACUACCUUUCCUUAGAUUGUUCAUUAGAUCUGAUAUUUCAAGAAUAUUUAUUUUAAUUUUAAAUCUAACACAAUAACUUUAUUCCGUUUAACAUUUGUUACAGUAACGGAUUUAUAUCUGCCAAGGAGUGCAUCUUAUUGACCGAUUUAUUUUUUUUUGCACUAAGUUUUAUCAAAUACAGCAAUCUGUAUAAAGGUGGUGUUUGAUAAUAAAAUAUCAAGC